CCUUCCGUGUGUCGUUUGCAGUGUGAAAGUUCACAGGGCAUGCAAUGGUCGUGCUGUGUUUUUAGCGAGCUAUGGCUGCCUUGAGUUGGUUUACGUGCAGACAGGUGGCGCGGAUUGCAUCUCAGUUCGCCCGGGUUGUGAAACACGUCAGGCCGCAGUACCUAGGGGUACUGCCGGUGAGAAGAGUCCACGGGUCGUCGUGGAAAUGGGUGGCUGAGAAGGGGCCAUGGGGCAAGGCUCGGAUGCCAGAGUAUCAUCAGAUGACAGAACUCGAUAAGGCGGAUGCCUUGAUGCUGAGAAAGUCCCACGAAACUGGGUUCCUGUCUUGGUUCCGGAACGGACUCCUGGCCACCGGGAUCGGGGUCAUCGCUUUCGUCCAGAGUGACGUGGGACGAGAGGCAGGAUAUGCUUUCUUCAUCCUGGGUGGUGUGUGUGUAUCGUUCGGCGGGGCGUCCUACGUGGGCAGCCUGUUUUCCCUGAGGAGGAUGAUGUUUCUCUCCCUGCCAGCCGUGCUGCUGAAUGUUGCUGUGGUGAGCAGCAUCGCCCUCUUCUGGCUGUGUGCGGUAUCGCUCUACACCGGACGCCUGGAGGUGGAGAUUAUACAUGAGGAGGACGAGGACGAUGACGGAGGGGAGUGUCCAGACUGUCGGGACCGCGGCAACCACUCCCAUGGCGACAGGCACCACGGCAACAACAAAGGCCAAGACAAGUAGAGUGUGAGUGGCAAAGGUGAAGAGGUGUUUGUUUGUUUGUGAGUGAGACAGAGAGGGAGAGGACUGAGAGGGAGUGUGUAUGACACUCAAAGACACGUGGGAAUAAAGGCGAUCAGUGAAAGACAUGAUUUGUGGUAGAGUGUCUGCUAAAUGACUUAAAUGUAAAAUGUAAAUGUGGUGGUUGUUUGGUUCUGUCCUCUGUCAUAGUAGUUUGUGUGGGUGGGUGAUUGUGUGAAAUUGCUGUGAUAGAGUUCAUAAUAUCAAUGUUAGAUUUUUUAAUUUAGUUGUAUUUUGUGCACACACACACACACUCAGUGAGAGUGAGUCCUUUGAGUAUAUUUACUCCUGAUCAUGUUUACUUUAUGAAUCAAAGUGCCCUGUACAAUUCCUAAACCAUACUCUGAGCCAACUCUUGCCGUGUUCACCUAAAUAUGGUUUUGAUUGAUAUUUUUUAUAUCAGUUUAUUCUAUAUCUAUACAAAGGACUACUUGGAUUCUCUGUAGUAAUCCAUGCUGGUGAUGUAGAAUGAAGAGAUGUAGCCUAUGUUGCUGUGUUGAAUGGAUGAACUAGGCCUAUGUGAAUUUGCGAUAUAAGGUAUAAAUACUGUAGGUCAUCAGCAAUGCUCUAUCUUUAUGUAAUCGAUUUCUCUGUUUUUGUGUCAGUCUGUGGGUUUUUCUUCUGUGUUUGUUCUGUUCUUACAGAUGGAACAGAUUAUUUUAACCCAUAAAGGCUUCGGCUUAUUUUUUCCAAAGGGUUUUGUGAUUCAUAUAGUUUUGUCACAAAGCAAAUAGCACUUUGCCAUGUUUUUUUUGUCAUAAGUUAUAAUUACUUUAUUAAACAUGUUCAAUGCAAUCUUGAAUUCAAUAGUUGAUUUAUAAAGUAUUUUAACCAUAAAGUAAUGUUAUUUCAUACAUUUACUCAAUCGAGGAUUGAUAGUUGGAGCAACAACUUCAUCAAAAUACCACCCUCAACCUCUUUGUCUUUUGGGAGAGAUUUUAGUGAGAAACCAUACCAUUUGGAUAACCCGUAUGCUUGAUGUUUGUAUGAGAUGAUGGAGUACAUUUAGGUAUGGUUAGCCUCUAGCCUGAUCCACCGUCCUGACCUGACCGCUGCACUACAGAACAUUAGCUUGCGAGACCUGGAUGGUGGAACGAGGCGAGUUAGUCUCUUGGUUAGAGGAGAUCUGUAUGGAGUUGCAGUGUGAUGUAUUUGAUUUCUGCAUGGCCUUCAGUGCAACUUACUGUACAUCAUUAGACUUUAUGUAUGAGUAUGUACAUAAACACAGUUGCAACAUCAAA